AUUGACUUUCCUUCUUACAAUUCUCCCUUCUUUCUUCACCUCUUUCUCUCUCCUCCGUCUUUCCUCCAUCAUCAUCAUUCAUCCCCGGUGACCCUCUUCCCCUCCAAUUCUUCCGGGGUUACCCAAAAUUAAAAAAAAAUUAAAAAACCAAAAAAAACCCAGAAAUUAUUUUACACAAAAAUCCAGAAAAAAUUCAUACCUUCAAUCAGAAUUAUCAAUAUCAUCAAUGGCGACACCCGACAUGAUGGGCGGAGCACAACUUGCCGCCGCAGAUCCAGAAGGAAUUGACGGUGUUAGAAUGUCAUGGAACGCCUGGCCGCGAACAAAGGUGGAAGCUUCGAAGUGUGUGAUCCCAAUCGCAGCAUCAAUAUCUCCGAUCCGCGCACACCAAGAUAUCCCCACCCUCCCUUACGCCCCACUCCGAUGCAAGACCUGCAUAGCCGCACUCAACCCCUUUUGCCGCGUCGAUUACUCCGCAAAGAUCUGGAUCUGCCCCUUCUGUUUUCAGCGAAAUCACUUCCCACCACACUACGCCGGCGUCUCGGAACAGAAUGUCCCUGCCGAGCUCUACCCGCAGUACACUACUAUCGCUUAUUCUACCUCCCCGAACCCAGGGGACCCACAUGGGCCGCAAUCAGGUGUUCCAUCUGUUCCUCCAGUUUACCUCUUUGUUCUUGAUACUUGUAUGAUUGAGGAGGAGAUGGGAUUUGUGAAAUCGGCGUUGCGAAGGGCGAUUGUUUCUGUACCCGAUAAUGCGCUUGUUGGCUUUAUAUCGUUUGGUACUCAGGUGCAUGUUCAUGAAUUGGGGUUCUCUGAUAUGAAUAAAGUUUACAUCUUUAGGGGUUCGAAGGAGAUUACUAAGGAUCAGGUGUUGGAUCAGCUUGGAUUGGGUCCAUCCUCGCGUAGAGCAGGUGGGCCUGGCCCGGCCGGUGCUGGCCCUGGUGGGUACCCUAGAGGUGGGCAGCAGGUUAUGCAGAAUGGGUUGCCUGGGUCCGGGGUAAAUCGUUUCUUGUUGCCGGCUUCUGAUUGCGAGUAUUCUCUUAAUGCGUUACUCGAUGAGCUACAGAGCGACCAGUGGCCUGUUCCACCUGGUAGUAGAGCAUUGCGGUGCACGGGUGUGGCAUUGAAUGUGGCUGCAGGGUUGCUUGGAGCUUGUUUGCCAGGAACUGGUGCUCGGAUUAUUGCUUUGGUGGGUGGUCCUUGCACAGAAGGGCCAGGAACGAUUGUAUCGAAAGAUUUGUCAGAACCUGUUCGUUCCCACAAGGAUCUUGAUAAAGAUGCUGCACCCUUUUUCCAAAAAGCAGUGAAAUUUUAUGAUACUUUAGGAAAACAGCUUGUUAGCCAGGGUCAUGUCUUGGACCUCUUCGCGUCUGCACUUGAUCAGGUUGGAGUGGCAGAGAUGAAGGUUGCUGUUGAAAGUACUGGUGGUCUUGUUGUGUUAUCGGAGAGUUUUGGUCACUCAGUGUUCAAAGACUCCUUCAAACGCCUUUUUGAAGAAGGAGAACAUUCUCUUGGCUUAUGCUUUAAUGGCGCGCUUGAGAUAUAUUGUUCCAAGGAUAUCAAAAUUCAAGGCGUUAUUGGACCUUGUACAUCUCUAGAGAAGAAAGGAGUUGCCGUAGCAGAUACAGUAAUUGGACAAGGAAAUACAACGGCUUGGAAGUUGUGUAGUCUUGAUAAAAAUACUAAUUUGACCGUCUUUUUUGAUAUUUCAUCUAGUGAAAAAUCAAAUCCUCCAGGAACUAUGAAUCCACAAUUGUACUUGCAGUUCUUGACCAGUUAUCAGAGUCCAGAUGGUCAAACAACGCUUCGCAUCACUACCGUAAGUAGAAGAUGGGUAGAGAGUGUUGUUGGUUCAGAGGAACUUGUACAAGGCUUUGAUCAAGAAACUGCUGCUGUGGUAAUGGCUAGAUUAUGCUCACAUAAGAUGGAGAUGGAGGAAGGAUUUGAUGCUACGCGGUGGUUGGAUCGGAAUUUGAUACGUCUUUGCUCCAAAUUUGGUGACUACCGUAAAGAUGAUCCAACAUCAUUUACACUAAAUCCUUGUUUUUCCUUGUUCCCCCAGUUUUUGUUUAAUUUAAGACGGUCACAGUUUGUGCAGGUUUUCAACAAUAGUCCUGAUGAAACUGCCUAUUUCCGUAUGCUGUUGAACCGUGAGAACAUUACUAAUGCAGCUGUGAUGAUCCAGCCAUCACUUAUAUCAUAUUCCUUCAGUAUUCCGCCAUCUCCAGCAAUGUUAGAUGUGCAAUCUAUUGCAGCUGACCGCAUCCUUUUGCUGGAUUCCUAUUUCAGUGUGGUUGUUUUCCACGGCAUGACAGUUGCUCAGUGGCGCAAUUCGGGCUACCAUAAUCAACCUGAACACCAGGCCUUCAAAGAAUUAUUAGAACUUCCACAAAAGGAUGCUCAGAUGAUCAUCCACGAUCGUUUCCCUGUCCCCAGAUUGGUUGUUUGUGAUCAGCAUGGGUCUCAGGCUAGAUUUCUGUUGGCGAAGUUGAACCCGUCAGCAACAUACAACAAUGUGAAUGAAAUGGCGAAUACUGUGUCGGAUGUUAUAUUUACGGACGAUGUUAGUCUUCAAGUGUUCUUUGAGCAUCUUCAGAGAUUGGCCGUGCAAUCUUGAUGGGAUUGGGAUUGGGAUUGGUCCCCGUUGUACAAGUUAUGUUAAAACAAAAGCGUAGAGUGGUGAAAUAUCUUCUUGGGUUCUUAUGUUGUUAACCUCUCUCAAUGCCUUGCUAGUGCCCUUGGGUUUAAAGAUAAAUGUGGACAUAUAUAUAUAUAUAUAAAUAUAAUUCUUUUGGGGGGUGGCAUUUCAUCGAGGUUUGACACAAUAAAGAGCGAGAAGCCCAUUUGGCUCUUUAUGUCAUACAGGAAGACACAGUUGUGAGAAUAUAUCACUUGUUUCAGGCGGCAGCUUUUUUAGUCAGGAUAAUUUUCAUUUCUCUUGUAAUCGUCACAGGUUUUAUUUUGUUUAAUUUUUUGAAAUUUUUGUAAUUGGAAUUCAUCAGGUUUUAUGUAGUGCAUUUGUUCCUAGACUUAGGAGCAUACUCA